AGGCUAGGUUCUACGGUCGGUAUCACCGUCGCAUAGUCGCAUACACCCUCGGCUCGCAUGCGUUCUCGUCGAUAGCUUGACAGGAUCCCCUUCGGACACUCUAAUGGGGAAGCGGCGGCGUCGAGCGGCAAUCGCAGACUUACAGGGCGGACUUCAGAAUACCUUAGGAAGCAAUGAGUUCAGGACAAGCAGGAAGCUACAGCAGCGGAGCCUACAGCGGAGCGCAGGACGGGCCGUCGAGGGAUCAUUCAACCACUCGGCGGCAGAGAGACACCACACCUCCCAGCUCUGGCGCCGCCAACGGCUUCACCUCGCCCCAGGUCCGUUUACUGUUGGAGCAGCAACGGGCGGAGGGGACGAAGGGGCUGGAAGUGGAGGAAGACGGUGACGAGGACAUUGACGUUGACGACGACGCCAUCGAGCCGGACGCGGACCUGGAUGAGGACAACGCCCGGUCGGUGUACGCUAUGAGCAUGUAUCCCGGUAUCCAGCCUGGCUACCAGGUCGAACACCCAUACGAAAACGGACACGACUCAGCUACAAUUUCCUCGUCACGGACAUUAUAUGCCGAGGAUUUCGAUUUUGUUGUGGAAAAUGGACGGCAAUACUGCGGCGACUACUUCCUGCCAAUCGACCAGGUCGAGCAGACGCGCCAAUAUGUCAUCCACCAGGUCUACCUCAAGCUCUUUGACCUCGAGCUGACGACGGUGCCGCUGGAGGACCCGCGCUACAUUCUCGACGUCGGCACGGGCAUAGGCGAAUGGGCGAUCGGCAUGGCCGAGAAGUACCCGCGGUGCGAGGUGUUUGGCACCGACAUUGCGCCCAUCCAGCCGACGCACCAGGUCCCCUUCAACAUCGAGUUCAACAUCGAGAACGCCGAGGACGAAUGGAUCCGCCCGGCCGACACGGUCGACCUGGUGCACCUGCGCAACAUGGAGGGCGCCUUUUCCGACUGGGCCUUCAUCUACAACCAGGCGUUCGCCUGCCUCAGACCCGGCGGCUGGAUCGAGGUGAUCGACUGGGAGGACUUCUUUGCCGCCGCGAACUGGCUCUCCUUCUUCCCGGAGGGCUCCGCGCCGUACCGCCUGACCAAGGCGACGCUCGAAGCGGCCGAGAUGGCGGGCAAGCCGCGCGACUCGCGGCACCUGAACAAGGACCUGCUGAUGGAGGCGGGCUUCGUCGACAUCAAGGAGUCGGUGUACGACCUGGGCAUCGGAUCGCGCGCGAGCAGCAGCUACGGCAAGUUCUGGCUGUUUUCGAUCGUCACGGGCUUCGAGGCCACGUGCCUGCGCCUGCUGACCAAGUACCUCGGCUGGGACGCCCAGGAGGUGAGCGAGCUGUGCGAGAAAGUCGCGCACGAGACCAAGAAGGUCGCCGACGACCCGGGCCGCGCCGACGCCUUUGUCGUGAAGUUGCGCGUCGUCGUCGGCAGGAAGCCAAUGGUCCCCGGCCAGUGGACCGCCCAGACGCUCAACGAGUGCGGCGAGAUCCGGGACUACAGCGGGGAUGAGAGCACGAUUGGCGGCCGGACAAUACGGUCGGACGAGACAAUAUGAAAGUUUGAGGGGA